CAAUCCUUAAAACCUAGUCCCUGAUGCGGAAGUUAAAGAACUUCACUACAGACUUGAACCAGCGUUUUUGGCCACAAUCUGUACGUUUGAAACAGCUCGUCUAAACGACAGUUAUUCCACAUUGAGGCGUAAAUUGAAUAAAUGUUUAGUUUAGCCAUGUCGUCGCGAAACUUCCGUGUUGUCGUCAGGUCGACACUGUUGUCCUGACCCCGGAGCCUCGGUCGUCAGCAGCAGAGCCGCUGAGGAGGUCCGUUCCUGGCUGUGAUCGGUGAAGACAGUGUCGGUUGUGCAGCAUCAUGAGCCAGCGGACCGAGCGACGGGGGAUACAUGUGGACCAGUCAGACCUGCUGUGCAAAAAGGGAUGUGGUUACUAUGGCAACGCAGCAUGGCAGGGCCUGUGCUCCAAGUGCUGGAGGGAGGAGUACCAGCGGGUGCGGCAGAAACAGAUCCAGGACGACUGGGCCUUGGCAGAAAAGCUGCAGCGAGAGGAGGAGGCAGCGUAUGCCAGCAGUCAUGGAGCGCAGACACAGUCCCACUCCCAGUCCACAGCACCACCACCACACCCAGGACACGCCUCUCUGGGACCCUUCUCCAAGUUUGAGGAGAAGAAGACCAACGAGAAGACACGCAAAGUGACCACCGUUAAGAAGUUCUUCAGCCCUUCAUCACGCACGGCUCCAAAGAAAGAAACCCAAGAGGGGAAGACGCCCAGUCCGUCCAUCAGCCGCCAUGCCAGCUUCGAUACGGACCAGGUGUCCAAGGACUUUGUGGAUUUCUUGAAAAACCUCCAGAAGCCCGGACGGGAGAUCCACAAGCAGUGCAGAGCCUUCAUCGUGAACAUGUCGAGCAAGAAGGACCUGAGUGCAGACGAGCUGUCCGAGUGCGUUCAGGAUUUCUACCAGAACAUGGCCGACCGCUUAAUGAGUCACUUUAAAGGCUCUUCAGACUCCGUGGAGCAGGUGAUGGACCAGGUGGAGAAGUACAUCAUGACUCGUCUGUAUAAGAGCGUGUUCUGCCCAGAAACCACUGACGACGAGAAGAAGGACUUGGCCACACAGACGAGGAUAAGGGCGUUACACUGGGUCACCAUCCAGAUGCUGUGUGUGUCUAUGGACGAGGAGAUCCCUGAAGUCUCUGAGAAUGUGGUCAAAGCGAUAACAGAUAUCAUUGAGAUGGACUCAAAGAGAGUUCCUCGGGACAAACUCGGAUGCAUCACACGCUGCAGUAAACACAUCUUCAGCGCCAUUAGGAUCACCAAGAACGAGCCGGCCUCGGCCGACGACUUCCUCCCAGCGCUCAUUUACAUCGUGCUAAAGGCUAAUCCUCCACGACUCCAGUCCAACAUCCAGUACAUCACCCGCUUCUGCAACCCCAGCAGGCUGAUGACCGGAGAGGACGGAUACUACUUCACCAACCUGUGCUGUGCGGCGGCCUUCAUCGAGAAGUUGGACGCUCAGUCUCUCAACCUUUCCCCGGAGGAGUUCGAGCGCUACAUGUCGGGCCAAGCGUCACCACGAUUCAACAGCUCGGAGGUGGACUGGCCCCAGACGGGCCCAACGCCUGGCGUGACCGCGACCAACCCCGUCCUGGCUCAGCUCAAUCACAACCUGGAGCUGCUGUCGGGCCUGAGCGGCCGGCAGGAGACGCUGAUGGAGGCGGCUCAGAGCCUGCGGGCCGACCUCCUCUCCUGGCCCGAGGGAGUCCGGCGGGAGGUGAGCGACGUCCUGGAGAAAUACCCCCUGGAGAUUGUUCCCCGCACAGCGUCUGCAAUCGAUGCCAACAACAUGGACGGCGACGGCCUGCCACCGCCCCUCACGCCCCAGGUGUUUGCUGGGUAACGGAGUCACGAACAACAAGAGGACCCCGCUUUGAAACGUGUGCUCGUUGCCUGUGUUUUCACUUACACUGAUCAGCCUCACCUUCACAGCAGGGUUCACAACAAACCAGAUCAGAAGACACCAGGUUCCACUGAACUCUGACAUGAAAUUCACAGCAUUAACUGACUUACACUGUCUGGACGGUGCUGAGCCUCGAGGAAGGUAGAGCUGGAUGACGCUAAUGUAGCUUAGCAGUUGUGUUGCACCAUAUACUUCUAUUAACUUUUCUUUCUGUGACUUUAUACUUACUCAAGAGGUUUGUUUUAUGGACAUUAUAAGACAGCAGAUGGUGCAAAUGUUGAUUGAAUAAACACUGGAAACUUGUUGUCUCAUUAGCGACCAACUACAAACUGACAGUUAGCAAGCUAGCUAGCAUGAGAUCUUAUUUUGCCCUCUUCACUAACGCUUGUGAUGUAAAUGAAAUUAUAAGCAAACAGACAGGAAGGAGUAAAUGAUGGCGCUAAGAGAGACACUGUGACCGAAGCUAGCAUGUUUCCAGCCUGCUAGCAUGUUAGCUGUUACUCUCCAGCUACAAUAGUUCACCGACUGGCACAAGAAGGGAGUAAAUGUAUAUAAUUGCAGGUAAAAAAUAGCUAAAUAUUCUUUAAGUGUGUUUUGUGUGACACAAGUACUAUGUUAAAUUACUCUAGAAAAUACAUGUAGUGCAGGGGAUGUUAGCUUAAUAUUCACAUUAAUGCUAUCCCCAUAAAACCGUGUGAAACAGACUCUAAUAUAAUAAAUAAACCUCUCUUGUGUUCUUAGUUUGAUCACAAACAUAAAACAGAGAAAUUCAAAAACACAUUUUCAGAAUAAAAUGUAAUGUUAUAGUUCCACUUAUAUAUUAUAUAUAUUAUAUAAUAUUCCACUGACCAACACAAAAUCACCAGAUACAACAAGCUAAUCUUUGACAUCACAUGUAAUGUUAGCCUUAGCCUCUAUUUUUUCCCCACCUUGCUAAUGUGAAAAUGCUAAUGUUAGCCAGAAGCAUCUUCUACGAUUUCUCAGUAAUACUUUGACAACAUUUCAGUCUUUUUAUGUGGCCUUGUUUUUUUAUUUCUUUUAGAUUUUUACACAGAUGUUUCUGUUUGAUGUGGAUACAACAAAGACAACCAGGUGUGUGUCUCAGUGAUGUGUUUGUGUUCCUGUUUCAGGCCAGUUUGACUUAAUAUAGCAACAUAAUCCCAUUUCUUGCUGUGUUUAAUAUUUUUGAGGGCCUGUUCGUGUGAAUGGAGGUGGUGAAGGGGACCUCUCUGGAGCUGGAUCACAUUUUGAGAUUACUUUAAAGAGGCCCUUCAGUUUUUUUUAAUAAACACAUUGAUUUAAUAUUGGACUGUUUUUUCAGAAUUUAAUGUAGACCUUCUGCAUAAUGUAUUUUAAAUACUGCUUUACUUUGUCAUUUUGUGAUGUAUAACAUCAGCUGUGGUUGUCUGUUGAAACACUGCUGCCACACCACAGAUUUUACUGUUAAUUCAGUGCAUUGAACUGAAAGCUCACAUGACUGUAAAAUGCUUGAUUACUGUAAAUGACACAUUAACUGAACUGCAGAGACGAGCAGGGCCCUGUUUGGCCGAGGCUAGCAUGAUGUUAGCUCGCUAACAUGAUUGUGUUCAUUCUAAUAGCUAAUUUGGUUCUUUAACAUCAGUUGUUGGAUUGAUGUGUUUAAUAUAAAGAUGAUGUUAUCUGACAGACCAGAGCGCUCUUAUUUUGAAAUAAAAGCAUCAUGAGUGGAGUGU